UGUAUUUGCCUACCCACCUAUACUGGAACAAAUUGUGAAACAGUGGUGAUGGACAGCAAUCCUUGUUCCAUUAGUCCGUGUGAGAAUGGUGGAACGUGUUACCAGGGAUCGACAUCAAGAACUUAUGUUUGCUCAUGUCCUGUUGGUUAUUCAGGAACAAAUUGUGACGCAUUUACCCUGUGUUCCACUGGUGCGUGCAUGAAUGGCGGCACGUGUUUGCAAAGCUCUAGCGCAGCCAACAUUUUCUGCUUGUGCACACCAGGUUAUGAGGGAGACAGAUGUCAAACCAUAGUGAAUGUAUGUUCAACUAAUCCAUGUCAAAAUGGUGGAACAUGUCUUCAAAGCUCCGUCAGUAAUUCUUAUACAUGUAUUUGCCUACCCACCUAUACUGGAACAAAUUGUGAAACAGUCCCGCACCAGGGCUUUGGAGAACCACCAAUUUAG